AUGCCAUUACAACUACCACCACACUACUAUAACUACUAUUACCACCACCACCACCAUCACCCCAGCUGUGCUAUUAGUGCUGCUGUUACCACUACACCUCCUAUCAGAUCGCCAAGGUAUGUGUAUUUUCAGUGCGCACGUGUGGCUAUUUACCAUAUCCUAAAACCUCUCUUCUUAUUUCAGCAUCACGAAAGCUCGUGUUACCAAGGUAUGCCUCACAUAAGUCCCAGAGAGAAGUUUGUCCUGCAAGGGAAGCUCCAGGGGCUGUGUGACACCGAGACUGAUGGUGGAGGUUGGGUAAUCAUUCAGAGACGUGUGCGAGGAGAUGUAGACUUCUAUAGAGGCUGGGAUUAUUACAAGAGAGGGUUUGGAACACCAGACACCGACUUCUGGAUUGGAAAUGACAUUAUUCACAACCUCACCUCACAGGGUUACAACGAACUCCGUAUCGACUUCACCUACAAGGGGACCCAAUAUUUUGCUCAGUAUGCAAACUUCAAUCUCGGCGAUGAGUCAUCUCAAUACCUCAUGACGGUUGCUACCAUAAUGGCUACAAAUUCACUACUUUUGACCGGGACAAUGACCCGAAUGACGGAUAACUGUGCCGUGGCUUUCCAUGGGGCUUGGUGGUACAACGGGUGUUACAAUGCGAAUUUGAACGGGGCCUGGUCAGUGACAGACGGCCCGGGUAUUGCUUGGUAUUUUGCUGCUGGUGCUAACCGGAUAGAUUUGUCAUUUACAGAGAUGAAGAUUAGGAAUAUUUAG